AUGUGCAGUACAGUUGAUAAUGCCUCUGCAAACAAGUCUGCUUUAGAGUGGCUUGUGUCUAAAAUGAACAAGUCUGCAUCUUAUCAGCAGAUUUUGAGUGGCAAAUACAUGCAUGUGCGAUGCACUGCUCACAUCACUAACUUAAUAGUGGGGCAUGGCUUAAAGAGGUUGCAAAAGUCUGUGUUAGCAAUUAGGAAUGCAGUGAAGUUUGUGAGAUCUUCUGCAAACAGAUUGGAUAUUUUUAAGAAGACUGUGGAGAAAGAGAAGCUUCCCUGUAAGGGACUUGUGUGUUUGGAUGUCCCAACUAGGUGGAACAGCACCUAUCUAAUGUUGGAAGCAGCUUUGAAGUUCAAGAAAGCAUUUAUAGUGAUGGCUGAAGAUGAAGAUAGCAAUUUUGCAAACUACUUCAAGGAACCAGAUGAAGAAUAUGAUGAAGAUGGAAAUCUUGUACCAAGCAAGAAUAAGAGAAAUAGGGUUGGACCUCUAGAAGUGGGAGAUUGGGAGAAGGCUGAGGUCUUUGUGGAGUUUCUAAGAGUGUUCUAUGAUGUCACAUUGAGAGUUAGUGCAUCAUUGCACCCCACUGUGCACACAACUUUCCAUUAUGUGAUUACCAUGGAAAAAAACAUAGAGAACAUGUUUUUGGCACCUGAGAUUGCUAGUGGAUCAGAAAUUGAGAAAAUAUUGAUGGAUAUGGCAGCCAACAUGAGAUCUAGAUGGUCAAAGUACCAUAAUGCAAGGUUCAAGUUGAAGAAUGUGACUCACAUCUUUCAAAUUGAAGGUUUAGAUGAUGAUGAGUAUGUCCUGGUUGUAGAUGGAGGUAGACACCUGCAAAGGCAGCAAUCUCCAAGCUCUUCGUCUAGCACAGUUACAAGUAGAAGCAGCAGAGGAGGAGUUAGAGGCCAGCUGCUCAAUAAUUGGAAGAAGGUUGUUGAAGAAAGCAGUGAGGCAGUGGUAGCACAUGAAGUGGAUCAAUACCUGGAUGCUCCAUUGGACCCAACUAAUGAUGAAGAUUGCUUUGACAUCCUGUGCUGGUGGAAGAUAAAUGGAUGCAAUUCCAGUUUUGACUACCAUGAAAGCACUGCAUCUAGCAAAACUAAUGUGUGUCCAGCUCCAAUUCCAAGAGCAAAAGGCAAGGGAAAGCUUGGGGCAGUUGGUAAUGUGAUAGAUAUUUGA